CAAAGAUUUCACUGUCGUUUCACAUUUUCAUCACCAUCAAUCCCACUACCCUCUCCCUCACCCCAUAACCGUUUUCACAAAGCAAACCAAAUCCAUUUCAUUUUCCCCCUUUUUAAUUCCAAUGAAUGCUACUUUACUCCUCUAUCAAGCAAGCAAGAAAUCCCAAUGAUUCAUUCUCUUCAAAUCCCCCAUUAAUUAAUGUGCUCUUGCUUCCACCCCACAACAUCACACACACCCUUUUCACUUUUCUCCAAAACCCACCAAUCUUUAUCUCAAAUGGUGAAGAACCCAUCUCACCAAGACCUCAAUUCAUCUUCCUACAUGUCUACAUUCAAGAAAGUUAAGACCUUUAAACUGUUUGAACCCUCUUUAGGGAUUCUUGGUUUUUUGUUCAUUACAGUUUGUGUAAUUUUUGGGUUCUUUUAUUUGGAUUAUAGAAGUGUUGUUAAGGGUGGUUUUGGGGUUUCUAAAGAGUCUGAUAGGUUUAGAUGGUUGAAGUUUGGUGGGUAUGUGAAAAGAUUUGAUUUUUUGAGUGUUGGUGGUGAUGGGUGUGAUUUGUUUGAUGGUGAUUGGUUGUGGGAUGAGAGGUAUCCUUUGUAUGAGUCUAAAGAUUGCAGGUUUUUGGAUGAAGGGUUCAGAUGUUCUGAAAAUGGACGGCGAGAUCUUCUUUAUACUAAAUGGCGUUGGCAACCGAAAGCUUGUAACUUGCCCAGAUUCAACGGAAAACGGAUGUUGGAAAACUUGAGGAACAAGCGAAUAGUUUUUGUCGGGGAUUCAAUAGGAAGAAACCAGUGGGAAUCUCUUCUCUGCAUGUUAUCCUCGGCAGUUACUUCUAAUACAAGUAACGAUUCAAUAUACGAAGUAAAUGGUAAUCCAAUCACUAAACACAAAGGUUUCUUGGUGUUCAAGUUUAGGGACUACAAUUGCACUCUUGAGUAUUACAGGGCUCCUUUUCUCGUUCUACAAAGUCGACCCCCUCCUGGUUCUUCUUCGGAAAUAAAGACGACGCUUAAAUUGGACCAAAUGGAUUGGACCUCGUUGAAAUGGCGAGAUGCUGAUGUUCUUGUUUUCAACACGGGGCAUUGGUGGAACAACGAAAAAACAAUAAAGGGAGGCUGUUACUUCCAAGAAGGAGCCAAAAUCAAUAUGAAAAUGGACGUCGAAACUGCAUACAGAAAGGCAUUAGAAACCAUAUUAUCUUGGAUCAACACCGAAGUAAAUAAAACAAGAACACAAGUUUUCUUCCGUACAUACGCUCCUGUACAUUUCAGAGGCGGGAAUUGGAGAGCAGGCGGAAACUGCCACCUCGAAACCUUACCAAAUUUAGGUUCCACAACACAAUCAUCUUCAAACUGGCCACAGUAUCACAUAUUCAAAGACGUAAUCUCAAAUCAAUCGAAAAACCAAUCAGUUGACGCUACCAAAUCGAUGAAUAUACUCAACACGACCAUUAUGUCAUCAAAAAGAAAAGACGGGCAUCCUUCUUUAUAUUAUCUUGGCCCGAAGUUCAGCCCUGCGGCUGCACACCGGCAGGAUUGUAGCCAUUGGUGUCUUCCCGGUGUUCCCGACGCAUGGAAUGAGAUUCUUUACGCGUUAAUCUUGAAACAAGCGGGUGCUUCUGCAAGUAAUACUACAUCCGGGGUUCGUUCACGCGUGCUAUGAUGGUGAAUGGGUGGAGACAGUGUAUAUAAUAUGCUUUUUGAUGAUUAUACCAACGCGUUCAGUAGAUCUUUGCGUUGCGAUAUGGAGAUGGUUUAACAGGAAACUGUAUAUUAGGUUGCGUUUGAUUCGAUUCGCCAAUGUUUUUGGCUCAUAGAAAGGUAGAAGCUCCAUAUAUAUACUUUUAAUUAAAGAUCAUAAUUUAAAACU